CAAUAAAAGAUUGGGAGUCUGGGAGCAAUACCAUUUGUAAAUAGUUUUGGUUGUGCUUGGCGAUGAACGCUGUUGUCAUUUCUUGCCGACCAAAACCAACUUGGAACAUCACAUUUUGAAAUCGAUGGACUAUGGAAUGCCUGAAGAGUCAAUGUUAAGCUCAAAUGCAUGUUUGAUGUACUUCAGCAAGGGGUCGCAGCAUGAGUGUUGAAGGAGUAUAACAUGCUUCUUCGUCAUAUUUAAGAUAUUGAGAGUUAGUCUGUAGAGCACAAGAAACACUGACAAUAGCAUAAGCCUGUCAUCGACAGCAUCCAUUACACUCAGUGGACAGUGGCAGUGAUUGACAGCUGUGCCGACCAAUCACGAUGGCCGAGGAGACCAGGAGGGGCGGGGCCGAGGCGGAGGGGGAGUCAGGGCCGGGCCAGACCUACAUGCACUUUGUAAUCAUGGAGGAUUUGAUGGACAAGUUGAAGUUGAUGGACUACGAGGAAGGCUUUCUGAAGGGUCUGGCCUUUAAGCCACUCUCAAGACAUUAUUUCGCCAUACCUACAAAUCCCGGUGAGCAGUUCUACAUGUUUACUUCACUAUCGGCAUGGCUCAUCAACCAGGCUGGGAAAAACUUUGAUCAGCCGCAAGAGUAUGACGAUCCAAACGCCACCAUCUCCAGCAUCCUGGACGAGGUACGUCGCAUCGGAGCCGCCGUAGAUUUCCCUCCGGCUAAACUGAAGGCAGGCUGGGGAGAGCACUGCAUCUAUGUCAUCGACAAACUGGCCGAUGAGGCACUGCGGCAGACCAGCUUCAAUUGGGGCAGGCCUGUUUAUCCUGAGGAGGAGAUGGAAGAGGAAUCGGCCAUCGAGGACGAUGUGGAAGUCACCUUGGAUAAAGCAGAGGAAGAAAUGGCGGACGUUGAUGAAGACUUGGAAGAGGAGGAGAGUUUCCUAGAUCUGGAAGGACUGAGAAAUUUGAAAACGAAGGACACAACGGAGAGCACUCGCAUGGAGGAGAUCAUGGAGUCCACCACCGACGCCAACGAGUGGAAGCUGGAAGUGGAGCGCGUGGUGCCGUCGCUGAAGGUCCACAUUCGCACCGACAACAAAGAUUGGAGGACGCACGUGGACCUGAUGCACCAGCACCGGGACGGCAUACAGUCCGCAUUGACUGAUACUAAGGGUUAUCUUGACAAGCUUCACAAGGAGAUCAGUCGCACCCUGGAGAAGAUCACCAGCCGUGAGAAGUACAUCAACAAUCAACUAGAGCACAUGCUGCAGGAAUACCGAGGCAUGCAGGACAACUCCGCUGAGAUGAAGGAGCAGUAUCGUCAGGCCAGCGGAGGCGUGACGGAGCGGACCCGCUCGCUGGCGGAAAUCACCGAGGAUCUGGAGAAAGUCAAGCAGGAGAUGGAGGAGAGAGGCUCCAGCAUGACAGACGGAUCCCCGCUUGUUAAAAUCAAGCAAGCGCUGCAGCGGCUGAAGACCGAGGUCACCCAAAUGGAUGUCAGAAUAGGCGUGGUGGAGCACUCCUUGCUACAAGCCAGACUGAAGGAUAAAAACAACCUGCAGAAAGACAUGAACGAACCCGCCGGCCAGUUUGCAUUUUGAUCGGAUUUUGAUCUCCUUAUUUUAGAGAUGUUUAUUACCUAAAUCAAGAAUUGUAUUCAAAGCCUCACAAGUCAAUUAUUUUUCAAUCACAAGUGUAUUGCCGGUGUUUCACAAGUCAAUCACAAGGCGAUCGCUAGUCCAUCACAAGUCAAUUACAUGUCAAGUACAUGUCAAUCACAUUGUCAAUCACAUGUCAAUCACAUGUCAAGUACAUGUCAAUCACAUGUCAAUCACAAUUUCACAAUUCAAUCAAGAGUCCGCCAUAAGUCAAUUGCAAGUUAAUCACGAGUUAAUUACUUAUCAAUCAUAAGUUGGUCACAAGUCAAGCGCAAGUCAGUCAGAAAUCAGUUGCUAGCCCAUCACAGCUCAGUCACAUGUCCAUCACAAAUAAUGACAAGUCAAUCACCAUUUGAUUAUGAUUCAAUCACACAUCAAUCAGAAGUCAAUCACAAGCCAAUCACAAGUCAAUGACUUUGAAAAGUCCAUCUCAGGUCCAUCACAUAUCCAAGAGAAGGCAAUCGCUAGUUGAUAAUAAGUCAAACACAAGUCAAUCACAAAUCAAUC